AUGGAAAUAAAAAGCUCUUCUGAUAGUAAGUAAUAAUAUUAUUUAAAAUUAUUUCAAAUAGUAAUUAUUCUUUCAAAUAAUAAUAAACAUACUCUGUAUAUAAUCCCAUGAUAGAAAUAAUAUAAAAUAAAUCAAAACUAAAAAUUGUUAAUUUUUUAUUUCAGCAAUUGCGGAAAAUAGAAAUGUAAUGAUGAAUAUUACUUCCAUGUUUGAAAAUUUUCCAUGGACUGUUUUACAGCAAAGUUCAAAAGGCAUGAACAUUAUCAAAGCAAUAAAUCAACUAUUAAGUAUGUACCAUCCUGAUGAUGGCAUUAUUGCAUAUGAACGUGUAUUAAGAGCUUUAUUUAUUUUAUCUGAAAAUUUGGAUAGUGAUAUACAACAACAGAUAAUUUCUAUGGUACCAUUACCAAAAGGUGUAUCAAAUGACAAAAUAAAAAAUCUUAUAUAUAAGAUUGCUGAAUUGAUUAAAGCAACUAAUAGCAAGUCUUUAUACCAAAAAGUUGUCAUGACACCUGAAGUACCUCAAAUGAAAACGUUGAAUGAGAACUCAGAACUUCAUCUAAACCAUAAUAAUUUGAUUGAUACACCUCAAAAUCUUGAAUUACAUGAAAAGUUUGUGUCUUCAGUACCUGAAGUAUUCAAAGGUUUUCCUCCUAAUGAAAUUUCAACAAUACAUAGUCAUAUGAAUUAUAUGUAUAAUACAUUGAACUAUAAUAUUCCUUAUAUGAAACCUCAUGUUAAUAGCAAACAAAACCUUUCAUUAAAUAGUAAUGAACAAGAAGAAUUGUUAAAACUUCAAUCAAAUUUAAAAUGGUUCCAUACUCCUCAUCUUUUGUAUAAUAAUAAUUUUUAUCAAAACUCUACUUCCGAUUAUCAAGAUUUUUCUGAAUCAAUCGAUGAUAAAUACUUUCAGUUAUCCAUCAAUAGAUUCAAUAACUGGAAUCAAUGUAAUGUAACUAAUUUGCCUCAAGCACUACAUGAGGAUACUGCAUGCUUAAAAAAAUUAUAUAAGAAUGAUGUACUUUUUAACAAACAAAAUAAAAAUGAGAUUUUAAAUUUGAAAGUAACAUAUGAUAAUAGAUUUGUAAAAAAAGAAACGGAUUAUGAAGGUUUAUAUAAUAAUAAUGUAAAUAAAAAUUCUAAAAAAUAUAGUAAUUUGAAUAAAAAUAAAAUUUUUAAUACGGAAGAACAAAAACAUUUUAAACAAGAAUUGAAACACGAACAGGCAAUUCAACAAGACAUAUAUAAAAUGGAUGUUGUACAUUGUGAAGAAAAAAAAAAAGAUACAAUAAUAGACAUACAGACAUUAGAAGAAGAUAACUUUUUAAUGGAUAAUUUCAUGGUGCGUAAGAAGCUUAAAACAAGCUUACAAAAUUUUUUGAAACGUAUAGAACAAGAGACUUUAAUCAAGUUCCCAACAUUACCUCGGACGAAGCCUUUGUACAUGGUUUUUCCAACAUCCAAAUGUUGCAAGAUUGUAAAUCAAAGAAACCUGGAAAAGAAUAAUCAAUUAAAUAUUUCGAGUAAUAACAUAAAUAGUUCUAAAAACACUAUUACACUAGAGGAUAUAGAAUUUACUGAAAAAAAUCCUCAGCAGCGCUUCAUACAUAUCCAAAACCAACUCGAUCUGCAGUGAAGCAAACAAAACAAAAAAGUUUAAAUACUUUACAACAAACUGCAUCUAUUAUAGAGUUGGUUACAUUUAAAAAACAAUACUAUGAUACUUUAUUCAAUAUUCAGAAAGCUAAGAUGGCAGUGGCAAAUUCCUUGGCAAUAUCAUUUACAGAAAAUUUCACCAAAUAUGAUCCAUAUUAUUCUAAUCAUUCCUAUCAACAGGGACAAUUAUUGCAACAUGAACCAUUAAUUGUGACUCCACAAUUCACAGAGCAUACUGCGACACAAUCAAGAUUGUCAAAUAUAUAUAACAUUCCAUAUACUUGGAUGAGAUACAAGAAUUGGAAACAUUCAACCAUAAAACAAUUGAGACUUUCACAACAGGAAUUCUGUGCUGCAUUGUGUAAAAACAAUGGAUAUUAAAUGUUUCACUCAAGAUAAAAGUAAACAAAUGAAGCAGAGCGUACAACGUAAAAAGUUAGAAGAUAUAGUUGGAAAAUUAAAAGAAAUAGAAAACAGUAACAUGAAUAAUUAAAGGAACUAUUAUUCUGUAAGAAAACCUUCACAAUCUAUAUAAUCUACAAUAGAAACACUAUAUAUCCGUAUUUAUUGUUAAUUAUAUUAACAAUAUUAUCUUAAUAAAAAUGUAUUUUCAUAUAAAUAAUGCUUUCAAUAUGCUUGAUAUUAAUAAUGAUGAAUCGAAAUACGUCCAAAGAAUCUACAGCAAUUGA